AUGCCCAAAAAGCAUCGCAACCCCAGAUUUGCAAAACCAGCCAACACUGUCCAUCACUCCCUUCUCUCCUCCAGUUCCCUUCGCAGCCGAAAUGCUAGCCCCAGGGCGUCAUCAGAGCAACAAUCAGUGAACGACCUGAUCAGCCACCUCCGUCGCACACAGGUGUCCGUCUCAUCGCCCGAAGAUAGCAGCGCAAGUCUGUCUAGACUGGCCAUCACUCGCGUCCCCCGAACCGUGCACCCAUCGCUACGUAACCUCUUCGAGCUUCCUGAGACGCCGCCGCCACGACCCCGCCCCAAUGCGUCUCGGGUGAGUAUUGGCGCACGCCGACUACGAGUAACGCCUGGCCCGCCGCCGCCUGAAAGCUGGGUUCUAGGUAGUGCUUCUGCUGCGGAGCGUCAUCGAGACGGUGACCUUGCCCUCACUGAUGCGGAUAAGAGGAGAGUUAUUUACCGUCUGGAACGGCUGCCCGGUGUUGCAUUUCCGAGGAAAGAUGGGCUGGUACAUAUGGUUCUCAAGGCUAUGGCGAUGAAUUGGGCCUGGCAUGUUGAAUAUGAUGGAUUGUUCUUGGCUCGUUUGCCUUGUCGGGUUAAAAUGCUCCUGCUUAGCUAUAUCGCUGUCUAUGCUCGAGACGCGCACCUGGAGGGGUUGAUGCGGGGGCUAAGUCCGUUGUUCCUGAAACAGCCAGACGGUAUUCAGGAUCAAGGGAGCGACGGUGAUGGAACCCAGCUUCAAGUUGACGCUGAUUCCGAAGUGUCUCGUCUGGAUCUUGGCAGUGCCCUUGGGAGAUGGUUGACGUUUAAACAGCUCACGAGUGAACUUGUCACCUCACCCAAGGCCAAGGUUCGAACUGAGACUCGUUCCCUGCAGCUCAAGCCUGAAGACGCCGUUCCAACGUCCUGGGAUGAAGAAGAAUCGGGGUACGAAACUCCUGAGAUCCCCUCACCAUUUACUCUAAAUCCAACCUUCCGCUUUGGCAACCUUCGAUUCCUUUCUCUCGCGCAUCCAAACCCGGCAACCGCAAACUGGAACUCUCUCAUCAAUCUCUUGUCUUCUGUGUCAACGAUCACCCAUCUCUCUCUGGCUCACUGGCCCGUCCCGACCCUAACACCCAAUGCCAAAAACGCCUCUAUCCGACACCCAACGCACAAAUCCCUCUCGUUCUCCUACAGCGGCACAGACUCCUACUCUGCAAUGGAGAAUAACUGGGCUGAGGCAGCUGUUGUUCUCCGCAAACUGUCCAGAGUCACUUACUGUCUGAAAUGGCUCGACCUAGAAGGCUGCGGGGACUGGAUCCGCGCAUUGUGCUGGGAAGGAGUUGGUCCGGACGGUGAACCGUAUGGCUCAACGGACCACAUCUGGAACGGUCCGUGGAGGGAUAUCGAAUGGGUUGGUCUGGGACCUGGUUGGAUUCCAUUGCAGCUGGAAGAUGCUGAACUUAGUCCCUCCCAUGGAGAUGGAUCAAGCAUCUCGUCCGGACCAAGUAACUCUCGAUCUCUAGCUUCUUCCAUUCAUGCUCCCGGUAAUGAUAAUGGAGCGAAUGUUGAUGAUCUCCCCUGGGACGUGGAAGUUGAGCGCAUCAAAUACCGACAUGCCAAGGAGGCGGAACGGUUCCGCAUUCUCGUCGACGACACGAGAGAUAUCUCUCGACAUAUUUUGCAAGCUAGGAGAGAAGGGCGCGGGAAGUGGGUACGUUUUUCGCUGGGUUUCGAAGGUGUUAAUGAACGGCUCGUUGAGAGGUUACUUGGACAGGGCUUCUCUAGCGGUUUUGCUUGA